AGCCGGUUUAAGCAGUGGGAGAGUUGGAGAGAAAGGAGAGAGAGGACUCAAGCUCUUAAGUGGGGGUCAUCCUGACGGCCGGUACAACCACUCUCUCAGUGUUUUCAGUCCACCAAAUCCAUCACCAUCUCUCUCUCUCUCUAGGGAUUUGAAUUUCACCGACGCCUUCAAAUCUUCAUCGCUACAUUUCCACCGGCGUCUCUAAUCCUUCUCCGAUUCUCCAGUGAAGAAGGAGAUUUGCAUAUCACUGUGUGGCGUUUGGAUCAUUGCGAAGGUUUGAUCAUGAUGAAUUCAAUUGUGGAGAUUCAUCCCAAGGAAUUGAAGUUUGUAGUUGAGUUGAAGAAGCAAAGCUCAUGCUCAAUUCGACUUACUAACAAGUCUGACCACCAUGUUGCUUUUAAGGUUAAAACUACAUCCCCCAAGAAAUACUGUGUGCGGCCAAAUGUAGGUGUUAUCUCGCCAAAAUCAGUUUGUGAAUUCUCAGUUACAAUGCAAGCUCCAAAGACAGCUCUGCCUGAUAUGGAUUGUAAAGAUAAGUUCUUAAUCCAAAGCACAGCUGUUUCUUCUGAGACGACUGACGCUGAUAUUACUGCUAGCAUGUUCGCUAAAGAUGAGGGUAAAUACGUUGAAGAGAGAAAGCUAAGAGUAAUCCUCAUCAGUCCACCUAAUUCGCCAAUACUGUCACCAAUCAAGGGAGACUUGAAGCAAGGGCAGGUCCAUGAAGCCUCAGUGCUAGAUAAUCAAGUAUUUGGUGGAGUGGAGACCGUACCCCAACACAAAAUGGUUACAGGGGAUGUGAAGUUCAGAGUUGUCAAUAGUGAGGAGUCAAAGCCAACAAAGGAAUCUGAGGUAAAACCAGCAAAGCAUGUGGAAUUGGAAAUAAGACAAGAGGAGGAGCUGACACAGGGAAAAGAUGUGGGAUUGAAACUACCAAAGUAUGAGGAGUUGGAAGCAAUAAAGGAUGUGGAGUCAAAAGCAACAAAUGCUGUGCACAUAGAACCAGCCAAAGAUGUGGAGUUGAAAUCAGCUAAGGUUGUGGAACUGGAACCAGCAAAAGAUAUGAAUGCAAAGAUUGUGGAGUCAAAAUCAUCAGAGGAUUUGCUUUUGAAACUAUCAAAAGACGUGGAUGCGGACAAAGCGCAGGUUGUGGAAGGUUUGAAGCUGGUUAAAGAUAUCAAGGAGAUGAAAUCAAAGCUACUUGAACUUGAAUUCAAGCUGAGCCAGGCUCAAGUUACUAUCUCGACACUAACAGAGGAGAGGGGUUCAAGCAUCCAAGAGAUAAAAGAUUUAAAGGAGCAAUUAGGGCAUUUGAGUAAAGGUGGUGUGCAACGGGUCGAGUUCCCUGUUAUAAUUGGUUGCACAGUGGCACUUUUCAGUGUUCUCCUUGUUACAGCUAUAGCUAUUAAAAGUUUGUGCAUGAAGGUAGCUUCAUCCCUCUGAAGUUAGACAAAUAGGUGUGAAAACCUCUUCCUUUUAUAAGUGUAUAGAUGAGGUAUGGUGGGGGGGGGGAAUAGUCUAGCCGAUAUACUCAAAGUCAAGUGCAAUGAAUGUUCAUAGGCUGAAAGAUAAGAACUAAUAAGCCAUGUUAUUGUUGACUACAUUUCUUGUUCCGGGAUUGUCAUUUGCUGAUGGGAUCCAUGGCUGUGAGCUGCUGAACCAUUUGAUGUUACUUAAAACAAAUUAGGAUGACAGUUGAGGAAGAUUUAUGUGGUAGUUUUACGUUGAUUAAUAUGCAAACAUGUUUUGGGUCUGUAGUGAGGACUACACCCAUAUAUACUAGUUUAUAAAAUGUUGACUAUUCUGAACAGGUUCAGUUCUCAAAUACAAGGACGUAUGGUUUUAAAAAUGCAACUUUAUGCUAUUUAGUUUUGUAUU